CGUGGCUUCACUUCACUCCGGACAGUAAUAGUUCAAACAUGGCGACUACCGCUAAUUACGCUUUUUCUCCUGACGAUGAAUAUUUCGCACAUUGUGGAAAUGAUGGAAAGUUGAGGAUUUGGGAUGCUGUCACCGGCCAUUUAAAACAAGAAUAUGUUUCAAAUCUUCAUCUGUCGUCGCCGUGCUGCGCUUUGGCUUGGCUCUACGUCAGUUCGCGAGCAACAAACACAUCGCCUUCACCAUGGAAAAAACGCAGAAAGAAGUCAAUCUCAGAAGAAUCCAGCCCAAAAGGCAUUGUUGCUAUGGGUUCGACAAAUGGGAAAGUUACACUUUAUGAUACAACAACUUCCUCAGUUACUGCACAAUUGAAUGGUCAUUCCGGCACUGUUACUGCAGUGACUUGGUCUAAAAAUGCUGGGUUAUUCUCUGCAUCAGAUGAUCAUCAUAUUAUUCAAUGGAAUCUUCAAGAGAAUGGAGUCAAAUGUAAAUGGAAAUCAGGCAAAGCAAAAACUCUAUCAUUGGCUGUGUCACCAGAUGAAAAGAGUUUGUUAUCAGGAGAAAGAGUUAUUAAAUGGUGGGAUGUAGAUACUAAGCAGUUAAUAAGAACAUUCACAGGCCAUGCUAAUCAAGUGACAUGUCUCAAUACUAUUAAAAUGAUGUCUGGUAACAAUUAUGUUAUUAGUGGUGCUUAUGGUGAUGGUUACCUCUGUGUUUGGGCAUUAGAUGAACAAAGAAGUGAAAGAACUCCUGUGACAAGUUUAGCGCUACAAGAUGAUCCAAUAAGUGUUUCCGUACAUGUUUCUGAAAAUUCUAAUGCGACAGUAUUGGUAGUAACCAGGUCUGGCCAAGCACAUUUAUUUCAGUACCAACCGAAUGGUCGAUCAAAACCUUUAAAACCAAGUUUAAAUAUCGCAGUAGUUUCUGAUAUCAGUCAGAAAGAUAGUGUUGAGCAAAUUUCUAUCAUAAGUGGGAAAUUGACGGAAGAUCAAAAAUUAUUGUUAGCAUACGGAAUAUAUAUUAAUCCUAUAUUUGAAAAAGUGACACCAGAUUUUUCUGAUAAAGUACAGUACUUAGUACGUUCAGAAUUUAAAAGAAGUAAAGAUAAAAAGGAAGAGGUUUCGAAAGUAAAAUCUACUAUAAUUGAAGAUAACGUUGAAUAUCUUAGACCAGGAAUAAUUGAAACCACGCAAAAAAGAAGUAGAAGCAGUGUUGGGUCGCAAUUAUUAUUAAAAGACAGAUUGGAAAAUUUAAGCUUAAGUGCCGAGAGCAAUCCAACAGGGAAAAUCACUAACGCAGGUAGCAAUAGGGCACAACUUUUAAUACAAGGCUUAAAUAGUAAAGAUAAAACUAUUUUGAGUAAUAUUUUCCUCGCAAAAGAUGAGUCGAUUAUUAGAAAUACUAUUGCUAAGCUACCAAUACAAGCAAUUGGACCUCUUGUUAAAGAACUUACCAUUCUACUUCAGGGUAAAACAUACACGAGUAAAAUCGCUGUGCGAUGGUUAGAGGCAUUGUUAACGGCUCAUGCUGGACAUUUAUUAUCACAACCAGAUCUUGUAGAGUUAUUCGGGCCAAUUUUAAGUUUAAUAGAUACCAAGCUAACUCUCUUAACAGAACUCUCAAAACUUAAAGGCCGAGUCUCUCUCAUUACUGGUCAAAUUUCUCAGACAAUGGAAGAACAUGACAAAGAUCUCACUGAGAACUGUCUUGUUUACCAAGAUACGGAUUCAUCAGACGAAGAGGGCGGAAUUGAAGACGAAGAUUUAGAAAGUGAAUCAAAUGAAAAUUGGGAAGAAAUGUCCAUUGAAGAGAAUGAAGAUGAACAAGAUGAUCAAGACCAACAGAGUAACGAGGACAUCAGAAGUACGAAUUCUACUGUUGAUGAUGACGAAGAGGAAUCCAUAUCUAGCUGAAUAUUAAUUUAGUGAACUUUGGAGUUCCUGAAUGUAAUGAAUGUGGCGAAA